AUGCGAAAGCUUGAAUGGGACGACAUGGGGGUGAAGUUUCAUGGUCAACAGCUACACCAUCUGCGCUUUGCUGACGACAUCGUUCUGACAACAUCUAACACCAGCCAAACGGAACGAAAAUUUGACGAAAUAGGUGGAAACAUCAGUCUUGGGCUGACUCUGUCAAAGAAGGCGUCUUUCGAAUACAAUGCCAACUAUUCUAUAGAAAUUUUAAAUCAACACUGUAGCAGUUGUGUAAAAUUUGAACUUUAUCUUGUGACCUCAGAAGCUGGUGUGUAUCCACAAUUUGCUAUUUUCAGAGUUAAAUUUGCGAAAGAACAAUAUGAUGUUAUGAAGAAGUUUGAAACUCAACAUCAUCCGGAUAUUUGGAAAUGGAUUAUGGACAAGGUGGGCAGAAGUGAAAAUUUGGAUAUUUUGGAUGUAUCUGAAGAGGCAUGCGUUUUUGCCAUAUCACUAGCGGAAAAACAUUCGAACAACAAACUUACCAUCGCCGCUAGAGGUGAUAAGCCGAAUUUCGAUCUGCCCUCUAAUGUAACCUAUAAACAAGUGGAUUUUCAUAAGAAUUUCACAGAUAUUGAAGACAUUGGGAUGUUUGACUUCAUUAUUUUAAACGAGAUGACCCACGAAUUACCAGAUAUGGCAGCAUUUUUCAAAAAAUUAAAGGUUCUUUUAAAAGAAAAUGCACCGAUCGUUGUUAUAUCCCGACCGAAGAAUCCGCCACUUCCUGUGCCGGAGUGUUGUUUGAUGUUGUGGAGAAAACUGGCUCCAACAAGGGAAGAGGUGCAGGCAGCGGUUAAAGCUGCUGAACUCACCUCAACGAUGUUCUCUGCUGCCGUACCUGUCUCGAUUGACCGAUUUGAUUGGGAGAAAAUUCUGUACUCAGGUUGUUUUCCUGCAGUAAAGAACACACCAAAAUGCGCAGAAAAGGAGAUUAGAGAUUACUGCAACAACAUAUCUGGCAAAGUGGCAUUCGAGGAAAAACUGAACAUUUUCCUUCUCAGAAAUCCAUCAUAA